GAGGAGCGCGAGGGGCACGAGGAGCAUGAGGGGCAACGGGAGCACAAGGGGCAUGAGGGGCACAAGGGGCACGAGGAGCACGAGGAGGAGGAGGAACACAAGGAGCAUGAG